GAUCAGAAAAGACCACUAGACUGGUAAUGGCACAGAUCACUGAUCAGAGCAGCAGGAAAAAACUCAGCCUUCACCUUAGUCCCUAUUUAAGCAGGACCAAGAUCUCCCUGGUCUUCAGUCUACCUCACUCCCGGACACCUGUCUGACACCUGUCUGGAUUCAUCGUGCGCCGGAUUGACCAUGAUUCAGACCGCUGCUCUCCUCAUGAUUGUCGUGUCUUAUGUUAUUUCAGGUGAGGGUGCUGUUUGGGAAAUCUAUUUUCUUCUGUACUUUGAUUUUUUCAAUGACUUACUGUCUUUAUUUUGUGUUCCAGAGGACUACUGUUACACUGAACCACACUGUGGUGAGUAACUCGUCGAUUACUUUAUUUCAAUAUAGGAUAUAUAGGAAGAUAAGAUAAGAUAUUCCUUUAAUAGUCCCAUGGGGGGAAAUUCCAAAUUUACAACAGCAUAUUACAGAUACAGAAACUAAUUAAAAGAUAAAGAAACUUUGAUUUGAAAAGAGAUGUACAUGAGUCAUAUUUACAUCUGUUCAGAAUUUACAUAAUAAUAUGAUUAAUUGCACAUUGAGGUUUCUGUUGUGGAGUCUUACAGCUGCAGGAGGGAUUUUGAUCAUCAAUGUAUUUUUUUUAACAAAUAUAUAGAGCUUUUUCUUGUUUGUAUCAGAGAAAUAUCUUUCUAGGUACAUCCUCUAGAGCUAUUUUCCCAGUGAACCUCUUUGCUUUUGUCAUUGCAAAUACUUUAGCCCUCAAACAAAAGAAAAGAAAUAGACGAAAAAAAGGGGGAAAAGUCAGAAAAAAUGUAUUUAUGAGGAUUUUUCCCUCUGAGAAGCUCUCCUAUAAAAGGUCCACUUUUGAUGAUAUAUGGUCCUCAUUCCUGUGUGGUCUUUUGAGAGAGAUUUCCCUCUUUUUUUCCCCUUCAAAAUAGCAGCCCAUGAAAUAUGACAGUAAAAUCAGGUCACUAACAUGUUUAAAUUUAAUACAGGUAAAUGGUGCAAUAUCAAGACAACCACAAAAAGAGAGAUUUUUUCGCAUGUUAUUAUCAAAAGCUCCUGAUCUGCCAGUAAUCAGGAGAUUUUUUUAAUCAGAAACUGGAAGUUCCCUGUAAUGUGUCCAGGUCCAGAGGAGCAACAAAACGGACCAAGGCCUCUGAACUUUCAGAUUCAGGGCUAAAACUCAGUGAUGCAGGUGGGGAGCGAAUGCUCACCUGAAAGGUCUGUGUCAAUAGGAGAGCCGCUGGGACUCAAAUUUCUGUGAAACAUGACGCUGGUUUUGAUAUUAGAGUUCUCAAAAUGCUCAGAGCAACACAGUUUGGUUUAUAUGGGAUGAAAAGCUGCAGACUUAUCAGGGUGUUCAUGCUGACUGUGACCCAAUGCUGAAAGUACUUACAAUGGAUGGAGGUGACCUAGAGGAACAUGACAGUGUUGACUUGGUCUCGUCUUGGACUUGAUUUGAAUCCAGUUGAACAUCUGUGGGACGUGCUGGACCAAGACUGACCCAUGGAGCCCCCCUCCUUACAAUAUCUUCACAAUAUUUAGCAGGAGAUCAGGAUUUUAUGGCUGCUUUGUGUACGUCUUCUCUUCGUCUUUCACUUGUGUUUUUUUUUACUGUAAGUGGUUCCUUCACCUCCCUCAGAUCCAUAUGCGUGGGGGGACAUGUUCCCCUCCUGUCAUCCUUUACUUGAAGAGCAUCACUCCCCCAUCAAUCUGGACCACCAUAUGGCCAGAAAUGAGUCUCUGUAUUCUCUACACCUGGAGGGCUUCGAUGUGAUCCAAGCAGGCCACUGGACACUGGAAAAUGAUGGACACUCUGGUGAAUAUUCCUCACAUAUGACAUGUUUAUUUUAUUGUCUAUAUUCAGAGUUUCUCAUGUCACUGCUGUCUCCCAGUCAUUUUGCAUGUCAGCGGUGGCAUGUCAGUGAGUGGUGGAGGUCUUCCAGAUGUUUACCACACCAUCCAGCUGCACUUCCACUGGGGAGGCCCAGCUACGAAUGGCUCAGAGCACACCAUAGAUGAUCGCAGAUACCCGAUGGAGGUACAGUACGGUCAGUAGACAGAUCCACACUGUCACCAAGCAACUGUUUCAGCUAUCUAAUGUGGUGCAGACUUCCCUAAAUGUCUUUUCAAUGUUUCUCUAGAUGCACAUCGUCAACAUGAAGUCCAUCCAUCCAAAUGUGACAACAGCCUUGGGUGACCCAACAGGACUCGCUGUUCUUGGAUUCUUCAUUGAUGUGGGUUUACACUUAAACAUUCUGAACAGCAUGUGUUGUUUCUUAGUGUGAGAAAAUUCAGGUUUUGUGAAUACUAACUCAUCUUGUGAGCUGUAGCCUGAAGCUAACCACUGAAAAUCUAGCAUGCUAUGAAUCACUAAGAUAGAUUGCAUGAACUGAUUCUACAAAUUCCCUUUUUUACCAAUAGUUCAACAUGACAUGAAAACCAUAACGUUUUAAAAUAAUCUGACAUACAUUCAGCUCCACCUGCUCAUUCUUGUUUUGUCCACUCCUGCAGGUUGUUUAUGCAGAAAAUGUCCACUUUGGACACAUAUCACAGAAGCUGUCUUCUGUUGCUUACAAAGGUUAGAAGGAAUAAAAUAUACUAAACUUUUAUUCCUGUCGGUGUUGUUUCUUAACUUUGUUCUUAAAAUGGCUGUGAAUCCUUUCUCAAGGCCAAACGACCAAAGUGAAGCCAUUUCCACUGAUGAGCCUUCUGCCCAAGCACAACAUGAGUCAGUAUUUCCGUUAUUAUGGCAGCCUCACCACCCCGCCAUGUUCUCAAGCAGUCAUAUGGACUCUAUACCAAGUCCCGAUUUACAUCUCAUGGUCACAGGUAGGUCUUUUUUAGUUAUUUUUUCUCCAGAACAUAGAAACAGUGUUCAGAGUGUGGUAAAUAUGUUUUUUUUUAAUGUCUUUAUUCAGCUGGCACAGUUUACCUCACAGAUCUUCUCCACAGAGGAGGAUGCAGAGCAGGUGACACCUCUGCAGAACAACUUCAGACACAUCCACCCCACUUUCAGCCGCACUGUCUCCAUGUCCAAAGAUGCCAAAUGGCUCUCAGGGGCAGCCGGUCAUAUCCACAGGUCAGCAGGGUCACUGCUGCCACUCAUAAUUAUUAUCCUGGGGGUCUUUAUUUCAAGACUUUAGCAGAUUUCAAGUCCAGAUCAUUGAGCACUGCAACACCAAACAAAGAUGAAGUAGCUGUAUUUAAAAGUUAAAUAGUUUUAACAGAAGCUCCAACAAAAUAGUUAUAGAUACACAAACUGUGAAGAUGAAGUACUGUAAUAUUAAAACUAAGUGUUUCAUUAUGUGUCCAGCUGUAUCUACAGGAAUUAUUCUAUUGGUGCAUAAAAAAUGUGAGGAAAAAAAAGGUACUAACGAACAAUAACAUGACUGUGGCAUUUCAUUGCUGCUAUGUAUGCAAAAAUUACUGUAGGCUUUUUUCAUAGUUUGCUUUUUCUUAUUAACAUAUAAUCCUAACAUGUAUGGUUUUGGUCUAGCUUUUCAACCACAAUAUUUAAUAGCUCCUCAAAUAUUCAAUUUAAAAUAAAGUUAAUUAGUUUUAAAAGAAGUUAGUCUGAGGAAAAAGGCCCUAAAAAAAUCUGUGAGGCUCUAGCUUAAUCUUAACGUCCGCUUGCUAACAAGCUAACAAGCUAACACUGUAGCUAGCUAUGAUGCUCCUACAAGCUAACACUGUUACUAUCCUGCUCUGUGGAUCUUGUUUUAACGUAUUGACAGACUUAUUCAAGAAUUUUGUUAAAUAACAUUUUUACCCUCCAAAAAAUGUAACUGAAAUAAAGUGGAUACAUUUAGAGAUUGUAUUUACAGACGUGUUUUUCCAUAAAACUAAAAGUAUUAUUGAGAUAUAAUCAUGGUGCUAAACAAAAUGUUAUAUUUAUGCGUUAAACUAAUAAUGAAGCAGCUAGUAUUUUCAUCAAUAACACAGUGUUAGUUUGAGAAAAUUCUGGUUUUGUGAAUUCUAACUCAUCUUAUACAGUUUUGUGAGCUGGAACUUUAAACCAGAUAAACUAGCAUACUAAGAACUGCUGAGGAAAAAGCACUAUAUCACUUAUUCUACAAAUGGCCUUUUUACAAGUAAUUAUAAAAAAAAACAUUCAUACAAUGUUUUAAAAGAGACUGAAUAUACAGUAUAACUAUCAGUCUUGUGACUAAUUAUUGGACCAAUACCAGGAUACCAACCAGGAGUUGAAGUCAUCUGAAACCCUGUGAUUUUCCAGCCAUGACAUGUUAAAAGGGCACAUUAGUGAACACGUAUGGUUUAAAAUAUGAAGGUUAAGGAGCUUUGUAUUGAGCCAUCACUACUGUACUUCUGUGUAUAAAUGUCUGAUUUGCAUUUUUGACACAAGCAUCCACAUCAUAAGCAAUGUGCAGAGAUAGAUGAAUAGUAUGUAAACAGGCUAUCCUACUACCACCAAAAGGGGUAAAACAUGGGGAUGUUAUAUUGUAAAUUCAUUAUCCAACUUAGCUAAUAAUAAUCCAUGUAUUCUAACAAUAAACAUACUACAAUCUUUUAUAA